AUGGCCCACGAGUCUGUGCUGGUUGUCGGAGGACGUAUUGAUGAAAAUUCUAGCCAAGAAAAGUUGUCGAAGUUCCUUUAUGAUGGAUUGGUGGCUGCAUUUGGAGGUAAUCUUGACAGUUUGGAUCCAUUGUUUCUGGAGUGUUUAACGAAACCUGUAAAGCCUACGGAUACUAAGGAAUAUGGUCUAACUGUCGAGUAUGCCCUAAGUGAAAAUAUUCUCCUUCGUGUGCUAUUCAAUCCAACCUCUGAACAGCUGCGUUUCGGUCUACAAGAAGCUCUGACUCAUGCACUAGGCAAUAGCGACGGAGUUGUUGAAUAUCCUGUUACACCAUCAACACUUGGAAAGGCGUCUAUUGUGUAUACAGGCCAGUUGCUUGGAUUCACUGGUGAAUGGUUAUUACAAGAUGCAUCAUUCGGUGGGAAUAAUCUGGUGUCAUGGCUUGAUGGAGAAGCAGCUAUGGUGAGUUUGUUUUUUGUUAAAUUUAAUUGGAAUGGUUUUCUCACUUGUCACUUCUAA